GAGAUUUAUUGAAACUGAAAGAGAGCUGUAGAGAAAUGCUGAGUGAUAGAUUUUCAUGUUCCCCCACGCACACAUGACACACCACCCUCUCUCUCUCUCUCUCUCCCUCACCCUCAUCACAUAAUAACAGUAAGUACCACACUCUCAGUUAGGCAUAGCAAGUAGUAGCAACGCACCAUGGCAACAAAGCCAGCUUGAAUUCCUCUUAUUGUGUAGCGUAGGAUACAGUACACUCUAAAGUAAGGUCUAAGAAGCAAAGAGGUAGAGAGAGAGAGUCUGUGUUGGAUUGAUGAGACCGUAAUUCAUAAAUGAGACUUAUACAGUAGAGUAGAUGGGUGUAGUUACCAUGGCGGCGUAGCAGAGGCUCUAAUUCCGUGCCAUAAUUGCUUCCAAGACAAUUCAGCCUUCACCAACUCCACAGCCUCUCUUCUUUUUACUCAUUUUAUAGUAACUCUUGUUCCUUUUUUAUAAAACAAUUUACCUUUUCUUUUCUUUUCUUUUUUUGUUGAGAAACAGUUUCCCCCAAAAGCUGCAAAAAACCCAACCCGCCCUGAGAAGAUCAUAUUAUAUUUGAGACACCCCCCACAACACAUCCACAUAGUAAGCGUGAACAAGACAAAAAAAAAAAAAAAAAAGACUCUUGGGUCAAAAUUACUAGUAAUAAGCAAAUUAACCUAGCAAGUAGUAUGUUUUGUUUAUUUAUUUAACCCGAUAAUUUACAGCCGUAGCCUCGAUCUUUAGGAAAAGAUUUGAAGAUUCGCGAAGGUUCUGUUCUGCUAUGGAUGUUGUGUCUGAAUUGGGGAAAAUCGUUUCAGCUUGGGGGUGCAACAGAUGGCUGGUUUCUUCUCUCUAGGCGGAUCACAAAACAAGGAAGAAGAGGAAGUAGAAAAAGGAGGAGACAAGAAUAACCUAUUAUUGUUGAGGAACGAGGAGAUCUACAACAGCAAGGGUGGGUUCGAGAUAUGGCCACAGUCGUCGUCCUCAUAUCAUCAGCAUCAGAAUCAGGCAUACCAAAACUACUUUGCAUUUGGAGUGGGUCCUAGUCGCAGGAACAGAUCGGAAGAUGUUUCAUUGUGCGUGUCUGAUCAUGAGUCUACGAGAUUUGGAUUAACUGUUAUGAGGUCUGGAGUAAGCAGCAGCAUGAGCAUGAACUGUCAGGACUGUGGGAACCAAGCCAAGAAAGACUGUUCCCAUCUCAGAUGCAGAACUUGCUGUAAGAGCCGAGGGUUUCAGUGCCAAACCCACGUCAAGAGCACUUGGGUUCCCGCAGCCAAGCGCCGCGAACGACACCAACAACUCGCUGCGUUGCAGCAACAACAUCAACAUCCUAAACGACAUCACAGAGACACUACUACUACUCAACUUGCCUCCGCUCCACAACCCAUCAUAGGGUUAGAGCUGGGACAAUUCCCACCUGAAGUGAGCACUUCGGCGGUGUUUCGGUGUGUGAGAGUGAGCGCAGUGGACGCUUCAGAUGAACAGUGUGCGUAUCAAACCUCUGUCAACAUCGGAGGACAUGUUUUCAAGGGAUUUCUCUACGAUCAAGGUCCUGAAAGUUCUUACACUACUAGUGCAGCAGCUGAGGGUUCAUCCGGUGGCGAACCUCAACCACUUGGUUUAAUAACUGGAGCCACCACAGCCACAAGUGGGAACAACCCAUUUGACCCUUCACUUUACCCAGCUCCUUUGAAUGCUUUCAUGGCUGGUACGCAAUUCUUCCAACACCCAAGGUCCUAGAGACGUGUCUUUCUAUCUAUGCGGACAAUAAUUGAAGAAACCGAGUCUUUUUUUCCUUUUUCUUAUUUUUUUUGUCGUUAAUUCAGUCUUGUUAGAAUUAUUGAUGAUUAUGGUUGUUCCUCGGUAUAUCCAUUGAUCCUAACGCAAGCUGAAGUAGCUAGCUAGCUAGAAGGAAAAGCAGUUAAGAAUUUGAAAGAAAAAGAAAAUGAUUAUGGCAAUGAUUCUAGUGCAUGAAAUUAAAGGGGCCGGGGAUACUUGUUUUGUGUUAUCCGAAUGUCAAUUCAGAUUUUCAUCGUUAUUUUGAUUUAUUGGUAAACUCUGUCACUUUUCAAUUCUAGAGCACAUAUGAUACGUUUUCA